AUAAAGGGAGCUGCCACGUGAGCUUAGAGGAUGCAGGCUGACUCAGUGAAGAUGAAAAUAAAUGAUGUGAAGAAAGAGGGGGAACCAGCAGAGUUUCCAGGAUGCAGCUAUGUUGCAGUGAAGAGCGAUUGUUCCAAAGAAGAACCUCCAUACUUCAGUGCUGAACCAAAAGACAAUAACAGGAGUCCUGCUGGUGGAGGUCAGCAGCUGCCUAUGUGUGCUUUGUGUCAGGAUGUCCUGAAACAUCCAGUUUCUACUAGCUGUGGACACUGGUUAUGCAGACAACAAGCUGACUCAUACUGGGACCAGUCUGCUUCAUUAGAAGAUGACUCCUGUCCCCAUAAUGGAGAGAGAUCGAGCAAUGGACUGCAGUCAACUGGACAGAGGAGCUGUAUACAUACAGAUGUUGGUCUGCAGGAGGCUUUAGAUGAACAUAAGAUCAGUCUGAGGAGGAGAUGUGAACGUGUGACUGAAGGAAGUGAUGAAACAGGAAGUAGAACACUCCUCAACACCAUCUACACUGAGCUCUACAUCACAGAGGGACAGAGUGAAGAGGUUCAUAGCCAACAUGAGGUGAGGCAGCUGGAGACAGCUUCCAAGAUGGAUGCCCUCCAUGACGCUCCAAUCAGGUGCCAGGACAUCUUUAAAGCCUUACCUGACCAACAGAGACCCAUCAGAGUGGUUCUGACCAACGGCGUGGCUGGUGUUGGAAAAACCUUCUCAGUGCAGAAGUUCACUCUGGACUGGGCAGAGGGCUUGGAGAACCAACAUGUCAGUGUGGUGGUUCUGCUUUCAUUCAGGGAGCUGAACCUGAUCAGAGAUGAGCAGUACAGUCUUCUGGAGCUGCUCCAUGUUUUCCAUCCAACAUUACAGAAGGUCACAGCAGAGAAGCUGGCUGUCUCUCAGCUUUUGUUCAUCUUUGACGGCCUGGAUGAAAGCAGACUUUCAUUGGAUUUCACCAACAGGAAGCUGCUGUCUGAUGUCACACAGAAGUCAUCAGUCAGCCAGCUGCUGACAAACCUCAUCCAGGGGAAUCUGCUUCCCUCGGCUCUCGUCUGGAUAACUUCCCGACCUGCAGCAGCCAAUCAGAUCCCUCCUACAUGUGUUGACAGGCUGACAGAAGUACGAGGCUUCACUGACGCCCAGAAGGAGGAGUACUUCAGGAGGAGAUUCAGUGAUGAAGAGCUGUCCAGCAGAAUCAUCUCCCACAUGAAGACAUCCAGGAGCCUCCACAUCAUGUGUAGAAUCCCAGUCUUCUGCUGGAUCACUGCUACAGUUCUGGAGCACAUGUUGACUACAGAGCAGAGAGGAGAGCUGCCCAAGACCCUGACUGACAUGUACUCACACUUCCUGCUGGUUCAGACAAAGAGGAAGAAGAACAAGUACCAUGAGGGACAUGAGACGAGUCCACAGGAGCUGACGGAGGCUGACAGGGAAGUUCUUCUGAAGCUGGGGAGGCUGGCGUUUGAACAUCUGGAGAAAGGAAACAUCAUGUUCUACCAAGAAGACCUGGAGCAGUGUGGUCUGGAUGUGACAGAGGCCUCGGUGUACUCAGGAGUUUGUACAGAGAUCUUCAAAAGAGAGUGUGUGAUCUUCCAGAAACCAGUCUACUGCUUUGUUCAUCUGAGCAUUCAGGAGUUUCUGGCUGCAGUCUACAUGUUCCACUGUUUCACCAACAGGAAGACGGAGGUGCUGGAGGACUUCCUGGAAGAUGAAAUGAAUGAAGAGGAGGAAGAUGAUGAUGAGGAUUAUGAUGAAGACUUGUAUUACACAUCUAUAGCUGACUUUUUGCACAUGGGCCUAAAAAAAUCUCUUCAGAGUAAAAAUGGCCACCUGGACCUGUUUGUCCGCUUCCUGUAUGGCCUAUGUCUGGAGUCCAACCAAAUAAUAUUAUGUGGUCUGCUGGGUCAGACAGAGAACAGUCCAGAAGUUAUUGAGAGAAUCAUUAACAACUUGAAGGAGAUGAAAGCUAAGUUUAUUUCUCCUGACAGAAUCAUCAACAUCUUCCACUGUCUGAUGGAGAUGAAUGACCUCUCAGUACAUCAGGAAAUCUUGGAUUUCUUAAAGUCAGAGAACAGAUCAGAGAAGAAACUCUCUGAGAUCCACUGCUCAGCUCUGGCCUACAUGCUACAGAUGACAGAGGAGGUUCUGGAUGAGUUUGACUUGGACGAGUACAACACAUCGUGGGAGGGUAGACUAAGGCUUAUUCCGGCUGUGAGAAACUGCAGGAAGGCUCGACUUUCUGAAUGUUGGCUGUCAGAGACUCACUACAAAGUUGUGGCCUCUGCCCUGAAGUCUGACCCCUCCCACCUGACGGAGCUUGACCUGACAGGAAGUAAACUGCAGGAUUCAAGACUGAAGCAGCUGUCUACUGGACUGGAGAGUCCAAACUGUCGACUUAAAACACUUUUACUUGCUAACUGUGGACUAACAGAGAUCAGUUGUGAUUCUCUGGUCUCAGCGCUGAAGUCUAACCCCUCCCACCUGAGAGAACUGGACCUGAGCAGAAACAACCUGCAGGAUGUAGGAGUGGCAGGACUUUCUGCUAGAUUACAGAGUCCCGACUGGAGACUAGAGACUUUGAGACUAAGGUGCUGCAGUUUGUCAGAGAUCAGCUGUGUUCAUUUAGGCUCAGCUCUGAAGUACAAUUUGUGCUAUCUGAAGGAGUUGGACCUGAGUCAAAACGAGCUACAGGAAUCAGGAGUGGAGCAGCUUUCAGCUGGACUAGAAAGUCCAAAAUGUAGACUGGAAACCUUGAGACUUAAUCACUGUGAACUACCAGGAAGCUGCUGUACAUUUCUGGGCUCAGUUCUGAAGUCAGUCUCUUCCUGUCUGACAGAGCUGGACUUGAGCCACAACAAAUUGCAUGAUUCAGGAGUAAAACUUCUGUCUGCUGGGCUGGAGAGUCCAAACUGUAGCCUGAAGACUUUAAGGCUGAAGGACUGUCUGAUUAUGGAAAAUGGCUGUGCUUCUUUGGCUUCAGCUCUAAAGUCGAAUCCCACCUAUCUGAGAGAGCUAGACCUGAGUCACAACAAACUACAAGAUUCAGGAGUAAAGCUUCUGUCGACUGGGCUGUCGACUCAAAACUCUAGACUUAAGACUCUAAGGAUAAAGGACUGUCAGAUUACAGAUAAAGGCUGCGAUUAUCUGGUCUUAGCUCUUAACUCGACCCAAUGUCCCCUGAGAGUGCUAGAUCUGAGUUUGAACAAGUUAAAGAAAACUGAUGAAGAACUGAAGCUGAUGUUUGGGUUUCUGAAGACAUGUCACUUAAAGACUCUGGUCAGGUUUACAUGAACCUGGAGUAUGGAGGAGGAGACAUCCUUCAUUAAGCUGCCUAUCACCACCCUGAGU